GAUGAACAGGACUAACGUGAAAAGAUUAAAACUCAAAUCUUCUCAAAACAAACUAGGCCGAUUGGAUCGAGAGAGGCCCCGACCAUAGCCCAGGUUUUGGGCCUUUUGGCGGCAUUAUUAUUUUCGCGGCGUUUUUAGCUGUUCACCGAUCAUCACCGAAAACUGGGGAGAGAUAGAGAUGGGAAGGAGGAUUCUAAAAGAUGCGUUGAGAUCAAUAGUGAAUGCAGAGAAGAGAGGCAAAGCAACGGUGGAAUUGAAGCCGAUCUCCACCGUCAUAUCUUCCUUCCUCACUAUAAUGAAAGACCGAGGAUACAUCAGGAACUUUGAGCUUUUCGAUCCGCAUAGAGUUGGGAAGAUCACAGUUGAACUACAAGGCAGGGUAAACGAUUGCCGAGCACUCACUUACCGGCAGGACAUCAAAGCGAAGGAUAUCCAGAAGUACACAACAUUUAAACUUCCAACUCAGCAGUGGGGUUAUGUUGUGAUUUCAACUCCCGAUGGUAUUUUGGAUCACGAAGAAGCCAUUAGAAGGAAUGUGGGUGGGCAGGUUCUUGGUUAUUUUCAUUAGACUUCAUUUUUUAUGCGCACUUUCAGAUAGAAAAAGGGGAAGAAUAGUUGUUCAGGGUCGGGUUUAUCCAAUAACUAUCCGAAGUUUUCAUUGAAUAUCGAUCACUAGAACAUAGCAUAAGCAAUGUUCGGAAUCAAUAUUUUUUUUAUAACAAUCUAGUAUUCUUUA